AGCCAGUGACAGGAGAGGCCGGGCCGGGGCGGUACUUCUGGCACCCUGGCAAGCCCGGCGAGCUCCCGAGGCUCCUGUCUGUGGCAGCGCGGCGGAUCUCCGGGCGGCCCACGGGUGGCGGCCGCUGCCUUCCGUUUCUCGCUUGCCUCCUCCGGCGGCUGUCCGGGCAGCGGGAGUUGGCGACGGGAUGUGCUCGGCCGGGGAGCUGCUUGGCGGCAGCGGCGGCGGCGGCAGCAGCGGGGAGCGCGACGAGGACGGGGACGCGCUGGCGGAGCGGCCGGUGGCGGGGACAGAGCCGGAGCCCGGGGCGAGCCCGAGGCGGCGCCGGCGGCGGCCAAAAGAAACUAGUAGCGGUAUUGAAGAGUCACAAAACCACACUGGCGAGCCUGUUGGAGAUGACUACAAAAAGAUGGGAACACUUUUUGGUGAAUUGAACAAAAGCCUCAUCGAGAUGGGCUUCACAAGGAUGUAUUUUGGAGAGCGAAUUGUGGAACCAGUAAUAGUCAUUUUCUUUUGGAUUAUGCUGUGGUUCCUUGGCCUACAAGCCCUUGGACUAGUUGCUGUUCUUUGCCUUGUCAUUAUUUAUGUGCAACAGUAAAAUAUGGCUGAAUAAGCUGUUGUUUCACAUUUGGUAGCCAUAUAUGUGAUUGGUGAAGUUAUAUAUUUCACUACAUGAAAGCCGAAAAGUUUGCCUUGUUUCAAAUUGUGUGCUGUUUUGUAAUUAAAUUUAUAAGUGGAUGUUGUUUAAAACUAAACUCAACUCUUGAUUAUAACAGGGUUGAAUAGACAUUUGGUAGCUUAUUCAAAAGUCUUGUUUUACUACUGUGAUCUGUGCCCACUUUUAAACACCCCACCCUAUUCGAUGCCAAAUCUUAACACCACCAAAAAGUGAGCAGGGAAAAUAACAGGAUAUGGCAUUCAAACCAGACAACAUAGAUCUUGUAAAGAAUUCCAAUAAAACAUUUUAGAAGAAAAAGGAUGAAACAAGGACCUAAAAAAAAGUUUUAAUGGGAGAAUUGUCCCCACCCAUACCCACCAAAUAACCCCUUAUUAUUUGGGAAAUAAUUUGAAUAUCUAUUGUUCCUGCUCAGCCCAAACCAAUAUAAAUGAUAAUUACUAUACACUACCUUAAUAUUGUGAUGAAAAUCAGUAAAGCUAGCACAUUUUCUAAAGAUUGAAAAGGAUGUGUUUAUUAUGGCUAAUGAAAGUUAAAUGUAACUUUUUUAUAAUGUAAUAUUUGGGCUUGGAAUCACUUCAGAAUAUCAUUUGAAGUUUUAGACAAUUUUGGUGCUAAUUACCUUUUGUGAAUUUUUUAAGUCUCAUAAGCCAUGUCCAUUGCUGGCUGCAGCCUAUGGUAAUGCUGUAUUUUCUCGUACUUAAUAAGUUGCGUUUUUGUUUUUUUUUCUAGAGAGACAUUUUCCAUGUAUUUUUUUCCAGAAAUUUACAUUUUAUAGUUCUUUUAUAACAAUUAUUCUAAGAUUUAAAAAAAUGUAUUUCCUAUCUUGGCAUGGAUUUUUUUCCCAAAAAUUGAUUUGUAUUAUGGCUGAAUUAUUUUACUAUGCCUUUAAAGAAAAAAAAAUCAGCUCAUUUUCUUUGACAUCUGUAUUGGAAAGUACAGUAUUACAGUAUAAAACUAAAUGCUUAAGUUUGAAAUUUAACAUCCAAUUGUAAUAAUAUUCCUCUAAGGCUAAAGCCACAUCAGUAAUUGGCCAAUCAUGUUAUUAAUGUGUUUUAAUUUAGCACUUUGGGGUUUUAUAUUGAAAUAAGCAUUUCUUUAAGUACACUUUAAUAAUAGAAAAUGGCUUAGUGAUAUUCUGGAUUUUGUUAAAGAAACUAAAACCUGUACACUUGCGCCUCAGACACCUUCUAUACAGACAAAGGAGAGAUACUAAAGAUAAUUAUCUAGAAAUUGAAGUUAAAUAAGAGGAAAAUGGGACAAUAAGGUAUUUUUAUCUUUGGCAGGGCAGUAACUAAAAUGUAUAAAGUAUUUAAUAUAAUGCUUUGUAAAGUUUGUACCCAAUCCUGUUUAAAAAAUUUAUUCUCUAAGUUCUCAGUGUCUUCCAUGCUAAAGCAGAAAACUGAUGAAAAAUGUUCAACUUAGAUUUCUAAAAUCAACAAAAAUACCAAUCAGAGGGCACUAAAAAGUACUGUGGAUUUGUAUAAAUACAGACCUUUUAAAGUUUGACAAAAAAGGAAAGGACUUUGUAGUAUACCAUUGUGUUUUUAUUGGGUUUGAAAUAUUUUUAUAGAAACCUUUAUGAAUUUGGCAUAGGGCAAGUUAUUUGAAAAGAUGUCUUCAUUUGUGCACAGAAUUGUGAGGUUUUUAAUAGAAGUCAUGAGAUUUUGUAUAUCUACAUUAAGUAUUAAGAAGUGCAUUCUUUUCUAAUGCUACCAAGAAUUUUAAUUUUCCUUUGGAAUAUAAAAAAGAUACAGUAUGCAUAAUAAUAGCUCUAAUUCCACCAAUGCUAAUAUUGAAAAAAAAUUUUAAAGUAAGUUUGAACAGUAAUUAUUUAAAGUAUACUGUCAAUACUAUGUGUCUGCACACUGCUGUUAAUAGGGUAUAUAUUAAAUCACAUAAAGAGAUAUUUUGCUGCUAUUCUUUCUGAAUUUUUUAUUGGUUAGAGGACUGUACUAUCAAAUUGUUUCCUUUGAUGGGGAAAAAACAAACUUUGUUUAUUUGAUGGAAAUAAUAUAUUUUCUUUUAUGAAAUAUAUUAGAAUGUAGAUUAUAUUUGUACCCUGAAAUGGAAAGAAGCUGGUCAUUUCUUUGGUUCACAGUAUAAAGAAUUAAAUGGAAAAUGGUUCUCAAUCAUUUCAAUCUCAGAUACGAGCCAAUUUUAGAAACUGUUAUUCCUUAGGAAUAAGGACAUAGAAGUUAUAUUGUGAAGGUUAUUAGAUUAUUGUAUGUACUUCAUUCAUACCACCACUCUCAAUUCAAAUGGAAAAGGUUAAAAUGUACAAGUGAACUGGCCAGAGAUGAAUAAGUCAUUUUUCCUUAAAGCAGAAACUCAGAGUUUUGUGGAAUUCAGUCCUCUCAUAUCUUAAGCUGUGAUAUGCAAGAUAUUUUCCUAUUCCUGGCCACCAGUCAAAUCAUAUUUGGUCCAGUAGUGUGCCGGAGCCAGCUUGCCCUGACUUGCAAAACACAUUAUAUACCUUUUUUCCCCAGUCUGCCUUCAGUGGCAUCAUUUGGUAGCCUGAUAUUGUCUAUGAGGGGAAUAUUUACACUAUCCAAAUUGGCAAACACAACAAAUCAGGGCUCUUUUCUCCUGGCAAGCCAGCUGUUCAACAUAUAUCAGCAUGCCACCUAUUAGCCACCCUAGAGGUCACAUGCCCAUUUUGACUUCUGUAGAUCAAAAAGGAAGCAUAUUGAGGCAAGUCCCCAUCAACCCAUCCAAAACUGUAUUUGGAUCUUUUCCACGUGGGAAUUUUGAAUUAUGGUUGUUUUCUGACCAACACAUCUCUACGUCAUCAUGUUUUGAAAAUCUCUCUGGGCUGUCACUGAGCUGCAAAUCCAUUGUUCCAGAUAUCAGGAAAUUAAUAGUUACAGAACUGAUGGAAGGCAAAUUACAGCAUAAGUGAAGAUUUGUUGUAAAGUAGAAAGUUCAAAAUAGUCAAAGCUAGAUAUUGAGCAAUUAAGGGCUGUUUGUGUGGUUUGUAGAUUAUAUUUAACAGUUAUUUUACAAAUGUUUACUGAUUUCAGAUGAUUUUAAAUGUUUUUAUUGUCAACUCAUGGCCUCAAAAGGUCAAAGAAGAGAAAACAGUUAAGACUUUCAUACCUGUUAAUACUUCUAGUAAUAGACUUGGCCAAGGAGAAUAUAAGGAGAACACAGCCUAUUCUCUCACCACCCUACACAUUGCCUUGGACAAUGUGUCCACUCCCAUGGUUUCAGUUACAUUGCAUACUAACAACUCUGCAAUCGGUAUCUCCAGUUCAGAGCACCAUACAGAAUAUAAAAUCCAUAAUUUCAAUUGCUUGCCCAGCAUUCGUACUUCCUUGUCCCUUAGUACCUCAGGUUUGGUAUACCCAAAAUAAAAAGGAACUCAGCAUCCUUCUCCCAAACCUUUUUUUUUUCUUCCUAUGUUUCCAAUCUCAGUAAAUGACAGUUGUCUCCUACACUGCCCACUUAUACCAGUCACCGAGUCCUGUCUACUUUACUUCCUAAAAAAUGUCUUUAAACUUUACACUUCUCUUGAUUCCCGGUAUCACUAACUUAGUUCAUACCACCAUCAACUCCCUGGACUGCUUUCACAGAAUCCUAAUUGGUCUCCCCUGCCUUCAUUUUUCACUCUACAGUCGGCAUAAUCUUUCUAAAUCAUAACUCUGAUCUCCUUGGUUUAGAUCUUUUCAAUGGCUUCCUGUUGCCAUUAUGAUAAUGUGCUUACUCCUAAGUAUGUUUUAAAGGCCCCUCAAGAACUGGUUCUUGUGUACAUCAUCUCUUUGUACUACUACUGUCCCUUUCCAACACUCAGCUUUACUGAAUUUGUUUUUUCAGUUCCUUGUGAGACAUGCUUACUCACUUCCAGAACUCUGUAUAUGCUUUAGCUUCUCUCUUUAGCCCCUCCCCACCAAACUAACGAACACAUCCACAGCUUUAAGACCUUUAGACAUAAUGUCCCCCAGGAAAAUUUCUCUGUUAAGUCCAGUUUUGAUAUUUCAUGUGCUUUCAGAGAACCCUGCACUUCCACUAUCAGUACUUGUCAUGCUAUAUUGCAAUAGCUUAUUUCUCAGCUUCUUCCUUUUUUUCUUAAAGAUUUAUUCAUUUAUUUGUGAGAGAGAGCGCGCGUACACACACCCACUCAAGUGGGGAGGGGCAAAGGGAGAGAGAGAGAAAGAAUCCCAAGCAGGCCCGUGCUGAGCAGAAAAGUCUGAGGCAGGACUCGAUCCCUCCAACCCAAGAUCACUACCCGAGCCGAAACCAAGGGUCCACCGCCCAACCUAUCGAAGCCAUACAGGCACCCCUGUCAGCUUCUUCCUUUAGACAAUAGGCUUCACAAAGGCAGAGAACAUGUCUAUGCAGUUCAUAAAUUGCAUUGUGUAACACAAUGCCUGGCAUAUAAUAUAUGCUCAAAAUAUUUGGUAAAUUAAUAAAUCAACUUCAUUUAUUCAUGUACUCCCUAUAGUGCAUUAACAAAGAUUUAGCAUUGGUUGCAUUUUAGAGUUCUUUCACUCCAAAAGUAUUAGUCUAUAAUGCAUAAAGAAAGUGAAUUGAUGUAUAUGUUAUCAUUUAUAAAGUUUAUUCACGUUUGAUGGAAGAAUAUUGCUAUUAUUUGCAUAUACAGUAUUAUUACCAUACACUUGCAUAUUUUUAGGAGACUGUAUGUAUUUUCAGUGUUGUACUUAAUGAAAUCACUAUUUCUCCAGAAAGAAUAUUUUAGAAUACAUGUGGUCAUUGACGCUACCUAAAUUUCAUAUUUUUCCAGUAUUUUUCAAUAGAUUUUUAUCUACUAAAUUUUAAUUUUUUAAAAAAACUCAAAAGUUGUGAUCAGGAAUUCUCAAGUAUCUAAGCUUGGGUAUUUCAGGCUACAGAAUAAAUCCACUACUAGAAUGUUCUAGUUACCCAGAUCAUAUAUGUUAAUAACAUGUAUAUAUAUAAAGUACUUUGUUAUUUUUUCCAAUAAAUAAUACUCUUUCACAA